UUAAAAAGGAAGAGAUGUACAAAUUGUUUUCAUUAAUUCCGUCAAAUGCAUAAGCUGGAAGACGCCAUAAAAUCAUGACGUAUGUCCACGACUGGCCAAUCAUACAAUCAUACUAUCAGAUUCUCUUCUGUUACGGAAAUGAAAAAUCUUGAGCUGCUAAAUUAGUCACAUACGCGGGAAAAAGAAGAAGCUGUGGUGGCGAAGUGGCGAAGUGCCAAUUGGGGCGGACCCACUCUGUGAAAAGGCCGACACCCACAACAUUGCCACCAUGCACGGUCACCCACAUUUUUAUAUCAGUUCCAAAUUAUAUAACUUUGAUUGACCACACAGCGGUCAACGUUGGAGGCUUCCUGCCUCAUGAUCAUAGAAUUUUAUAAUCAAGCCACUCAGUGUUUUCAAAUUAUAAUUAGCUUGCAUUUGUUGCAGCUGCCUUUCUCUGAAACCUUGUUGUUUGCAAUGUUUUCGAUCGCCCGAACUACCACUCGGGUUUGUUGCUUUCUCCCUGAUAGAACUGUCGCUCAAUCGAAUUUUCAGAGUAAGGUAGUGUUGCAUGGAGAGAGAAAUCAUGGGAUCUGUGAGGUUAAGCAGAGUUUGGGGAGGCCAUGGUGGGAGCAGAGAGCAGGUCGCAGCAGGGGACCGAUCGUUAAUGUUACGGAGGGAAGGACCAUGAGAGAAUUGGAUGCUGUCAAUCUCAAUGUCAAUUUGAAGGCGAAGAACAUUGAAGUGUUAAUUGCUGCAACAAUGACUAUGCUGUUUGGUGUUGGCAAUAAAGUCUUGUACAAAUUAGCCCUCGUUCCUUUGAAAAACUACCCUUUCUUUUUGGCCCAGCUUGCUACUUUUGGGUAUGUGGUGGUUUAUUUUUCCAUUCUAUAUAUACGGUACAAGGCUGGCAUUGUGACGAAGGAGAUGCUGUCCUUGCCAAAGUCUCGCUUUCUUGCAGUUGGUGCUCUAGAAGCCCUUGGGAUGGCUUCAGGAAUGGCAGCAGGAAGCAUGCUUUCAGGGGCAUCCAUUCCAAUUUUGUCUCAGACAUUUUUGGUGUGGCAGUUGAUCUUGUCAUUCAUUUUUUUAGGACGCCGCUACACACUGAAUCAGAUUUUUGGUUGUUUACUAAUAUCUUUUGGCGUGAUCAUAACAGUUUCUAGUGGAGGAGGUUCAGGUACAUCGUUGCAACAAACAGGAUUUGUGUGGCCACUUUUGAUGAUAGUCUCUUUCUUAUUUCAAGCUGGAGAUACAAUUCUAAAGGAAAUUAUUUUUCUGGAUGCAGCUAAACAACUAAAGGGUGGAUCUGUGGAUCUCUUUGUAAUUAAUUCUUUUGGAUCAGGCUUCCAGGCCUUGUUUAUUUUGCUACUACUUCCAUUUCUAUCAAGACUAUGGGGCGUUCCAUUUGCCCAGCUUCCUGGCUACUUGAGAGACGGAGCAGCUUGUUUUGUAAAUGCUGGAUCUUUAGCAAAGGGAUGUGAAGGAGCUCCUUUGUUGCCACUGCUUUUCAUAUUAGUAAACAUGGGAUUUAAUAUUUCUUUGCUGCAUCUUCUCAAGAUCUCUUCUGCAGUGGUCUCUUCUCUUGCUGCAACAUUUUCAGUUCCACUUUCAAUUUUUAUGUUUACACUUCCACUCCCUUAUAUUGGUGUGGAUUCCAGUCUACCUCCGGGAUUCCUUAUGGGUGCAGCUGUUCUUGUAAUUGGAUUGUUUGUAUAUAAUUUGUCUAAUCAUACCAAGGAGGCUACCAAGUAAAAAUAAUGCAAAUAUGAGAUCUAUGGUCCUUUCAAUUUAUAAUGCUUCAUUCACCAUCCUGAUGAAUGCAAGCAGUAUUGGGAAAUUAAAGAGUUCCAGUGCCUCAAAGGUGUGUCACUGGAAACUUCUGAGCAAUUUUGCUUAAAUAAAGAGAAGACAAUUAACACAAUGUUUGCAGAGGUAUGUUCCGAUUUUGAAAAAUUAUUCAGAGGUCCAAAUAAUCCUUAUGCAAAUGUUGUGAAUGAUUUAUUCCAGUUUCUUUUAGUAUUUGUUACCA